AUGGAUAGUCAGGAGGAUUCGUUUAUGUUAAAUGGUGAUUUUCUUUAUACAGAUACAGCUAAUAUUACUUCACUUUAUUCUCCCCGACAUUCAUCAAUUAUAGACAAGCCUCUUAAUAGCAACAUACAGGAUGAAUAUUUUCCUGAUAUCAUCAAUACUUCUCAUCAAACUUCCGAAUUAGAUAUAUUGGAUUUAGGAGAUUAUAGAUGGCUAGAAAACGAAGUAUCUACUAUGAAUGCCUAUAAUGAUUUUGAAAUAAAUACACUGCCUGCUUCCACUGAAAUUGUGUCUUUCAAUAAUAAUAUACACAAUUCAUCGGGUUCACCACAACCAUUUAAUGGUAAUAUUACUUAUGAAUUAGAUAAUGUACCUCAUGAAUAUUAUAUGCCAACAACAUCAAGAUCUCCUCAAUCUGAUAAUUCAUCACUUACUUAUACUUCAGGAAGUACAAUUAUAACUAGAGGAACUGAAGUAAGUGACGAUAUAAGAGAAAUAAAUGAAUAUCCAUAUAAUGAUUGUGACAAUUUUACACAAUUACAAUCUUUAACACCAUCCUCUACUUCACCAAUAUUUAAAAGGGAUGAAGAAUUAUUUAAACAUAGUAAAAAAUAUCGUUUUGUUAGAGAAGGUGUCUCUGGAUUAUCAGUUAUUGAAAAACCAACACAAAAAGAUAGUAGAAAAGCCUUUUUAUCACGUAAAGGAUAUGUUAAUUUUCCAGGAUAUACAAAAUUAUCAAAUAUUGAAAGAGUUGAUACAAAAGAGGUAGCAAAAAAAGUAACAGAAGAAUUAAAAAAAUUUAACAUUCCGCAAACAAUUUUUGCCAAAAUUGUCAUUGGAAGAUCUCAAGGAACAUUAUCAGAUUUAUUACGUAAUCCAAAAGAUUGGGAUCAAUUAAAAAGUGGAAGAGAAACAUUUUAUAGAAUGGCUAAAUGGCUUGAAGAACCAAUAGAAAGUAGAAUUUCACCAUUACAAGUUGCAACUGAGAAAAGAAAAGCAAAACAACAAGGAAAAGGUUUGAAGACAGAUAAAAUAAGAAAAGAUAGAAAAAGAAGUGAAUCAAGAUCUCCAACACCAUCUAAAAGUUGUGUAAAACGUUCUAAAACAUCAAAUAAUGAGUGUAAAAAAAAUUCAACUGAGAUAGAAAAAGCAAUUACUAAUAAUAUAUUAGGAAAAAUAGUUAAAGUUUCAGUUGAGGAUGAAAAGGAAGAAGAAAUGAAUAAGGAUGUUGCAUAUAUAAUAAAAAAUAACAAAUGUAAUGUAUCAAAAAGAAAUAUAAAAAUAGAAAAUGUUGAUCCAAAUUGUGAAAAUUUAUCAUCAUCAAGAGAAAGUUCUUUAAACUCUAUCAAUUCUAAUGAAUCUCUUCUUCAAUUGUCAAUUUGUUAUCAAACAGAAGAUGGUAUAAUAUCAUCAAAUCCAAUUUCAACAAGAUAUAGUAGUGUAUAA